AUGGGCCUUGCAUCCAAACUUGCAGCCGCACAGGCAACCGGCGCAGCUCCCACUCCCGGCGCUGCUCCUGGCGCCGCCCCCGCAUACGGCGCUGCCCCCGGCGCUCCCGCUGCCGCCGGUCAAUACGGUGCCGCUCCUCCUCCUCCUCAGCAACAGCAAUAUGGUCAGCAGCCACAGCAGUAUGGCGCUCCUGCUCAGCAGCAGUACGGCCAGCAGCAGAGCCCCUACGGCCAGCAGCCCGGUCAGCAGCAGGGACACCCAGGCCAGAGCCAGUACGGUGCUCCCCCUGCCGUCCCUUCGCGCCCCGGCCAGCCUGCUGCUCCCGGCCAGCAGCAGUACGGACAGCCCCAGCAGGGCCAGUACGGUCAGUAUGGUCAACAGCAGGGACAGUAUGGCCAGCAGCCUAGCGCAUAUGGUCAGCAGCCUGGAGCAUAUGGCCAGCAGCCAGCAGCAUAUGGCCAGCAGCCAGCAGCAUAUGGCCAGCCUCAGCAGUCCCAGUAUGGCCAGCAGCAGGGCCAGUACGGUCAGCAGCAGGGCCGUUAUGGCCAGCCGCAGAGCCAGUAUGGCCAGCCGCAGAGCCAGUAUGGUCAGCAGCAGGGCCAGUAUGGCCAGCCUCCCCAGAGCCCCUAUGGCCAGCAGCAGCAGGGCCAGUACGGACAGCCUCAGCAGGGCCAGUACGGACAGCCUCAGCAGGGCCAGUAUGGCCAGCAGCCCGGAGCUUACGGCCAGCCUCAGCAGGGUGCCUACGGCCAGCCCCAGCAGCCCGGCCAGUACGGUGCUCAGCCCGGCCAGCAGCCUUACGGUGCGGCCCCCGGUGCUCCCAUGGGCGGCUCCGGCGCCAACGCCGGGGCCCUGCUCCAGUCGCUCCAGCACUGUGUCCAAGACCAAGGCAUCCAGGCCUUUUACCCCCCGGGCUCGCUUGAGCAGAUUGCCCAGCGCGUCGCCCAGUCUGGCGUGCUGAACAAGAUCGCCGCCGAGUGGCGCAUGCCCAUGGAGCUCGCGUCCGACCUCGUCAAGAUGGCCCUCUUCGACUUUGUCCUGUACAUUGACGACUCGGGUUCGAUGGCGUUUGAGGAGAACGGCGAGCGUAUCGACGACCUCAAGCUCAUCCUGUCCCGCGUCGCGUUCGCCACCUCGCUCUUUGACGCCGACGGUAUCCAGGUCCGCUUCAUGAACUCGAACCUCCAGGGCGACAACAUCUCCACCGAGGCCCAGGCCAUGCAGCUCGUCAACCAGGUCAAGUUCUCGGGCCUCACCCCACUGGGUACCAGCCUCAUGAACAAGGUGCUCCAGCCCCUCGUCCUCGGCCCCGCGCGCCAGGGCACCCUCCAGAAGCCCGUCGUCGUCAUCGCCAUCACGGACGGUACCCCGGCCGGCGAGAACAAGGACGAGGUCUUCAACGUCAUCCAGCGCGCAGACCGCGAGCUCGGCUCUUCCCGUUACGGCCGUGACGCCGUUUCGUACCAGUUUGCUCAGGUCGGCAACGACCAGAAGGCACAGCAGUUCCUCGCCGUCCUCGACAACCACCCCGUCGUCGGCGGUCUCGUCGACUGCACGUCAAACUACGAGGCCGAGCAGGCCGAGAUGGCCCAGAAGGGCGUCGAUCUCCAGUCCCAAUGGCCCACGCUCCUGUCACAGUACCCGGGCACCAAGAUGCCCGGGCUCCUCAUGGGUCCCAUCGACACGUCGUACGACACCAAGGAUGAAUAG